GUGAAUCUUCAUGGAAACUCGGCGGAAAAUACAGUUUGUGUAAGUAAUGUUGACAGCGCAAUUAAUGCUUUUACUUUGAUUGUUUAUUUCCAGAAAAAUCAUAAAUAGGAGCUUAGUGAACACUAUACUCAUAAACCAAACGAAGAAUGAAUCGUUCGAGGAAAAGAAAAAGCAUGACGACAGGCAAUGAUACCUCCAAAACUGGACCAAAGCUGAAAAGAGUAAAAUCCGAAGUGUCAGUCAAACAGGGCAAAAAGCACAACAAAGUGGUCAACGAAAAUUCGUCUGCAGGGCUCGUGGGCGACGCGCGCAUCGUUUUGGACAGAUCGAUCGUCGACAAAUACUUUCUCGCCAAGAAAAUAUUGCACGACAUACUUUCACGAGAGCCAAGGGUAGCUUAUCGGAGAAGCGGCAAGAAAUCGGCGAGGAACGACGAGCGGGCGAGAAGGUUGGAUCGCUUGCAGGCGAGCAACGAUUCGAUUUCGGGCGACGACAGCCGAGUUUGCCAAAUAAAAGAGGAGGAGCUGGAAUUGCCAGCUGACGACGUCGAUCCGAACGACACUGGCCUCGCUUACGACGUAAACAUGGUGCCGCAGCCGCGGGUCGUGUACUACAUGGACGAGCGCGCGAACAAUUGCGUAUUGCUCGACAGCAGUUUGGUGGUUCUACCGGGCAACGCGAAGUACACGCCGGAAGAGUUCGCUUACAACAAUUACGGCUAUUUGCCGGUCAUUGGGCUGCCGUUGAAAACGGAGCCCGCCGAAGACGACGCGCCCGUCGAGCAGGAGCUCAACGGCGCGAGCGCGCAUCGUUCCCCUUUCGCCGUUUGCGCUCGUGCGAUCGGAAACGCCGAAGGCGCUUCCGCGGUUGCUACUGCCACGGCAAACGCUACCAUCGAUGAGACAACGAUCAGGCAUUGCUACGACGACGACGAGACCAAAUCCGCAAAUGUAAACUUUAACAAUCGUGGUUUUCCUUAUUGUCCGAAAUGUGGUCGCAAUUUCAAGAAACGACCUGCUUUAAAAAAGCACAAACUACUCUGUGGACUAAAGUUUUUCUACGAAUGUUUGUAUUGCACUUAUAAAACGCCGACGUCGAUUAACAUUAAGAGCCACGUUGCGAGGUUUCACAAGAAAGAGGUGGAAGAUCGUGAUUUGGAAAUGAUUAUAAAAGAAAUAAAUAAAAGAAGGAAUGACAAAAAGAUCUUGUCGUUGACGACCAACACAAGUGAAGUUGCUUCUGAUGCCGAGGAAAAUUUCAUUACGAAUUUUGAUCUACUCUGCCCCGAGUGUGAAAUCGUCUUGUCCAGGAAGCAAAUCAACAACGAAGUAUCAUCGAAGGAAAUGUGUCCUGGUUGCCAGGUAACUUUGGUAUUCAGAUGCCAAACGUGCGGGGAAAUUUUUCUCAGUUCCAACCAAGUUCACCAUCACGUUAUAACAGAACAUCGCAAAAAAAACCCUAAAAUUUAUAACUGCGAUCACUGUCGCUUCGAGACUACCCACGAGAUUGCGCUUCGCCAACAUAUUCUCCACUGCCAGACAAAGAGAGACAAGCCAACGUAUUAUGAGUGUAAUGUUUGCUCUUUUCAGACUUUUUACAAAAAUAGUUUCAAUCGGCACAAGCGAACUGUGCACAGACUAAACAAGACGAAAGAUUUGGAUAAUUAAAGUAUGACUAAAGAAUUUAAAAAAUUUUUUUGAUAUACGUUGAAUCGAUUUUAUUUUGUUAUGAGAAUUUCCUAAAACAGAUAAGCUCGAAGUUGAUAGGUGUUUUGGCACAACAAUGAUGAGUCAUUACGAUGAAAACUUCCAAAUUUUACGCAAUAAAGUUUGAAUUAUGUUUCAACAUAUUAAACAAAAUCAGCGUCAAUGCU